AUGGAUCCUUUGCCAAAUAUUCAGAAGCCAAAUGCUCAAGCCUACUACAGGCGGUUUUCGUUGGAAAUGAAAGUGGAGGUUGAGUGGAAGCUGGCACAAGCGAAAGUGCGAAACAUGCGCGGCAGCUACAAUAAAGCCAAAGGUUGGGAAGGAUCAACCGGCGCCGGCAGCAUGGAUGGCGAGACUAUUCGAAGUAGGCUUGACAUUUUUGGCAAUAGGCUCGUUGAAGCGGCUGUCAUUGAAGACAGUUUGGACUCCGUAUGUGAAGAUAUUUUCAAUUCAACAGAGCUCGUGUUCGAAGAAACCACAAUGUCGCCAACAAAUGUAAUUGUUGAAACCGAAAACACAGCUUCCACAAGCCGUAAGGGGAUUUAUUCUCGAACUGCACUUACAGAUAUAAUGGAAAUGCAAGCAGACAUGUUAAAUGUGAGGAAGCAGAAAGCUGACCAAGACUUUAGGUUGAGAGAAGAAGAGUUAAGUUUAAAAAAAAUGAAUUAUUUAGCAUUGAAGGAAAGAGAAAUGGAAUUAAGAGAAAAGGAGAUGAAGAGUAAUGAAAGGCUAAAAAUUAUGGAGCUAGAAAUGAAGGAGAGACUGGCAAUGGAGGAGCUUAACCGAAAAUAUAAAUAAGAAAGAACUACUCACCUACAUACAUACAUACAUAUGUGUACACAUAUCAUCCCUACCAUGUUGAAUUAUCGAAUGUGAAAAGCGUUUUUUUAUAAUCGUUAUUUUGGUUUAGAGCGUUUAGUUGAAAAUUCAUCGAAGUAUCUCAGAUUUUGCCAUUGUUAUAGAUUCGACAAUGUUUCAACUUAAUCCUUUUUUUAAACGAGCGCAAAGUUUAGCGAUGACAUGUAGUAUGUAUGCGUGUAUGUACAUAUGUAUAUGUACAUCAAAAGUAUUUUAGUGCUUACGUACAGUGAAUAUUUCUUUAUUAAUUUGUUUGCUGUCUUCUGGGACAUACAGCGUUCUUUAUUUCAUUUCAUUAUUUUUUAUAAAACAAAAGUACAAAUUACAAAUAUAAAUAGAUAUGUAUGUAUGUAUACGUAUAAAUACAUAUGUACACAUUUUGUACACAACGUUUUUGAAUGGAAGAGGCUUAUAUCUUUUCCAGUUUUCUGAGGUAUAUGUACAUAUGUACAUAUCGAACACGUUCUUCAAAAGUAGAUUAACCCCUCUAUUCUAACAGAGUCACAAAACUUAGCUCAUCAC